UCGUGAAAAGCAGCAGCGAAGCAGGCAAAACAAUGGUGGGGAAGUGGAAAUCACACCACGCAGCCCUCUUCAACACAGCUCUGCUAUCUCCUACGCCUGGUCGAGUCCGAAGCUCGCCGCGUUGUUGCUGGCGUAUGGAGCGGAUUUUAUCAGGGUCGUUCAACUUCAAGCACCCUGCUCCGACGAUUUUGCUGCAGUUUCGAAAGACUGCAGCACAGCUGUAUCGGGGGAGCAGGAGCAGGACAAGACUUGCGAUCAUGCGGAUCUACUUGGAAGAGCAGAGCAGC